AGUCAUCAUUUUACAGAAGGGCGGCCAGUGAUCAAGGAACAUCCCAGCAGUGUAGUUGCUCGUCGUAACGACCCUGUCACCCUCAACUGUGCAGCAGCUGGUGCUGCACGCAUCAGCUGGUUCCGUGAUGGUCAGGAGGUGGUUACCUCUACACAAAAUCCUCGCUCUCACCGUGUACUCCUACCUACUGGCUCCCUCUUCUUCCUCCGUGUCACUGCCACCAGGAAGGAUAGUGACACUGGCACGUACUGGUGUGUGGCUUCCAACAGCUAUGGUGCUACACGCUCUCACAACGCCACACUGACUGUUGCAACCCUCGCCUAUGUCUUUCAGAGCCAAGGAGAACCCACAAUGAAGACCCAUGUAGGGGACACUUUCUGCCUGCCAUGCCGGCCACCCAAGGGCACCCCUCGGCCAGAGCUGACCUGGUUGAGGGAUGGUCACCAGGUGACCAAUACCAGCCGUGUUAGUGUCUCCCAGGCAGGUGACCUGGUCAUCAACAAGGUCAUCCAGGAAGACUCUGCAACCUAUGUAUGUAGAGUUAGAAAUGUUGUUGGCAUCAGGGAGUCCACACCCACACAACUCACUGUCAUGACUGUGCCCUGGUUUGAGGAGCGACCACUGAAUGUGACUGCUCCUUCAGGAGUGGCAGUGGAGUUGAGGUGUCGUGCACGUGGGUCACCCACACCUUCAGUAUCCUGGCAGCGACUAAAUGGCAAGAUGCCACAGGGACGCACCAGGAUAGAUACCCAGCAUCAACGACUAGUCCUGGAGCAGGUGGCACCUGUUGACUCUGGUGUAUAUGUGUGUGAGGCGGAAAGUGAUGGAGGAAGAGUGGCAGCCCAAGCUACUGUCACUAUCGUAAGUGCUCCGAUACUGACACAAAGACAGCAGCGAAUCCAGGUAAUGACAGGAGAGACAGCGCAAGUAUCAUGCUCUGUGGAAGGUGAGACUCAACCUCUUAUAUUGUGGCGUCUCUCAGCACCAGACAGAACUGCUGUUCUUGCAGCUGGACAAAGUAAUGACCACAUCUCUGUGUCAGAUGAUGGUCGAACUCUGUGGUUAAAACAUGCAACAAUGGAAGACAGCGGCACAUAUUACUGCUGGGGUAUCAGUCGUGGUGGAGGUGUAAGUGGAAGAUCAGAGGUGAUGGUGGUGUCAGCUCUUCCACCACCAGUGAUGGGUGUUGGUCCAAGAGAUAUUAAGGUUGCACCAGGGAAUACUGCAACAUUUCCCUGUGAGGUAGUAAGCGAGGCAGCCCAAAUCACCAUCUCCUGGUGGUACCGUCCAGCUAUCCACCUGCCACCCCGUCAACUAACCCAACAUACUGCUGACCACCGAUUCUCUCUUCCGAAAAAUGGUGCUCUCAUCCUCAAGAAUGUACAGCUUAAUGACUCGGGGAUUUACACCUGUCGAGCUAUAGCAGACUCGGGUACAGUGGAACAAGCUGCAGUACUUCGAGUAGAACAUAAUGUUAUCAUUGGAGAACCCUUGCUACUGCCGGCGCCUCCCACCAAGCCACGUGUAAUAGAUGUAAACCAAACAUCCGUGCAAUUAAACUGGCUUCCUAAUUCUCAAGUGGGUGAAGAAUCCGGUCAGUGGUAUCGCAUAGAGUACUGGAGGCAAGGUUGGGAUGAAUGGCGUGUGUCUGAUGCUGUCAUGAUGCAGGAGUCAUGUGUGGUGAGCCACCUCACUCCAGGACACACUUACACCUUCCUGGUCCGAGCUGUCAACAAUAGAGGAGUAUCGUUCCCCAGCCCCUGGUCAGACCCAGUUACCACUCACCCUCCCCGUGACCCCAGCCUUACUGUAGACCAGGUACGCCAGGCUCGCCGCCGCCUCUCUCGUCCCAUUAUCUCCCUCACUGAUGCUGCCAUCACUGCCCCUCACAGUGUGCUGCUCACCUGGGACUUCCUGGCCCCAGCAGAUGAGUCUAUGGAAGGUGUGUUGGUGUACUCGGUGACCAAGACUGGCACUGUUCAAGUGGCCACUGUUCUGGGUGCCUCAUCCUCCUCUCAUCUUCUUCACAAUCUGAGUGCCAACACUCAUUACACCUUCUUCAUCGUCCCAUUCUGGCACAGCAUCGAGGGAACGCCUUCCAAUGCUCACUCACUUAGGACACCAGAAGAUGUUCCGGCAUCUGCACCUGGAGACGUGCGUGUGACAGUGCGUGAGGAAGGUUCUGUAUUCAUCAGGUGGUCAAGUAUGAGUGCUGAGGAAGCCAGAGGGCAGCUGGUAGGUUACCAGGUAACAAUAAGCCACAAUGGUAGUCAGACCACAGAGACGGUGGAGAGCCCCUGGCUGGAAGCUCGUGGUCUCCUGCCUGGCCGACUCUACACUGUCCGGGUGGCAGCUCUUACAGCGGCAGGUUCUGGGCCCUUCAGUGAUCCAGUUUUGCUUGAUGCUGGACCAAAUGAUGCCCAGAGCACUCAAAAGAUCAACACAGACAUUGAUGGCAUUGUAAUGUAUGCAUCACCAAAACUUGUGUGGCUGGUGUACCUGCUAAUACCACUGGUACUAAUGGUGUUUGCUACAACUUUGUUGUACGUGAGGCACCUACGUCGUAAGGUGCCUACUUGUAACCCAGUUCACACUCCCACUGUGUACCAGGAUCCAUCUCUUUAUCCCGACCACCACUCCAUCAAUAUGCACAGUGAACGCAAAUCAUGGAGGGCCUCACAGAGUGACAAGGAUUCCAAUUUGUCAUCAAUACGACUUCUUCGUCCAGACCAACUGGUGAAUGAGUAUGCAGAACCCCGGAUGGAGCAGCAGCGACUCAGUGUAACAUCAACAGAACCAUAUGCCACUACAUCGUUGUUAACAUCAGCUUCGCCUCAUCUUAGCACCAGUGCACACUGGAAGUGUAGUGAUGACUCUGGUGUUCAGGUCAACUGGACUGCCUUCCUCCCACCCCCACCAUCCUACCCACCUCCCCAUGACCUUGACCUGGGUAACCCAACUGGUAGUAACGACAUACACAGAGACCGACGGGUAUGUUCCUCGGCACAGAUCUACAAAAAGAGCAAGUCGGAGCAGUAUGAACGUCCGCGUGAAGCUGCCUCUGAACACACUUAUGAUCUGUACACCCAAGGAGCUCCUUCCCUCUCCUUCAGUACACGAUUAGACCAUCGUAAAGUCCUCGCCGACUGUCACCCUCCUCCAUCCAGUAAACCCCAACGUAGCAACACACACUAGUGUCAAGUCAUGUACAUCGGAAAGAUAAACUGAACCCCCAAGUGGGGUAUUUAUAGUAUAGUUGCCUUUAAUACUGUCUAGAGGUUUUAAAAUAUAUAUACAGUAUAAAGCUUUCUCGUGGCCGUCCAGCUACACUAGGCUAUCACACUUGCAGUUCAGCACCUGACAUUAAAGCCAGUGUAUAAGAGUGUAGCAGCACACAAGCAGGAAACACAACCUCAGGUCUGUAACUAUUAUUCAAAUCAGUCUUAACUUUCCCUUAGAUUACUGAAUGUCUGACUUGUUUUCCAAAGAGCUUAUAGAAAAACUUGUCUGUGCCACAGUCACAGACUGGACGAUGGAUCUUCAUGAAGACUCACACAGGUUUAGCUAAUAAAAGUAACAUUCACCGAGCUUAUACUAGAUGCUACUGCUUCAGUAAUAAUAUCUGCAAUAGUUACUAAUGUCAAUAAAAGUCUUCAUCUCCCUUAGGUUUUGCUGAGGGAGGAAGAGGAUGAAAAUAGUGCUCCUGAGGGAGGAAGAGGAUGAAAAUAGUGCUCCUGAGGGAGGAAGAGGAUGAAAAUAGUGCUCCUGAGGGAGGAAGAGGAAGAAAAUAGUGCUCCUGUCAGCGAUUAUCGCCUUAUAAUAACACUCAAGAUACUUAACCUUAUAUCAAGUAACACUAAUAUUCUCCAGGAACAAAAACCAUAUUAAGAAACAUCGUCAAAGACCAUAAUAAGAAGUGAUUUUCGAAUCUAUUAUUUUCAUAAAACAUUUCUUGUUAAUGUGUCAGUUAUUGUAACACUGUCUCGGUGUCAUGACUUCCCUGCAGUAACACUGUCUCGGUGUCAUGACUUCCCUGCAGUAACACUGUCUCGGUGUCAUGACUUCCCUGCAGUAACACUGUCUCGGUGCCAUGACUUCCCUGCAGUAACACUGUCUCGGUGUCAUGA